GCUGGCGACUGUGAAAACUAGGCAGGGAUCCCAAGCUGGGGCUGCACACACACACAGAGAGAGAGAGAGAGAGAGAGAGAGAGAGAGAGAGAGAGAGAGAGAGAGAGAGAGAGAGAGAGAGAGAGAAGAGAGAGAGAGAGGAAGAGAGGCAGUCUCUUUCAAGAGUGGCGGAGACGAUGGGAAGUACCAUGAGCAUCGAAAAAGAGGGAAACAAAGAGGAUGUUUUCCCAAGGCGUGAGGGAGAUCCGACACGUGAUCAGCAGACGGAUCAAAGGCCUGAUUACUUGCCGGCGUUGGCGCCAGAAACAGGAGAGGACUUCUUAAAGAAUGAUGCGGCCGAAAGUGAGAGUGCAGGCGUCGAGAGAGAAACAGAGGGCGUCUUCUUAGAGAGUGAUGCGGAGAGAGACGUGGCAAACGCAGAGGAAAAAGGGGGUUCCUUCUUGUCAGAGAGGAGUGACACGGAGACAUCUUCACAGCACAGUGAUGAUUCCACUCAUAGACCUUGCACCUAUCAUGAUCAUGAGCAUCCACCUUACGCAUGUCAUCAGCAGUGUAAUCUGGAGGACAAGCGUGCUGAUGACGUGGAAGUUGGGCAUGAUUGGGGAGAUCUUGAACACGAUGCUCUGGUACUCAUCUUCAGCUUUCUUAGCUAUGUUCAGCAGAGGAUUCGUGUAGGUGCAGUCUGCAAGAGCUGGCAUCGAGCGUCACUUGAUCCCGGCUGCUGGAAGGAACCCGACGCCCGUCUCUGGUUUGGAGUGGGUGCCUGGCAUUCGACUUCAUGGCAGUCGGCUUCGUGGCGGAUUGCCUCUUGUAAGAGUGCUGCUAGGACUGCGGUAAUACGCGCCCAAGGGCAACUGAUCAGCCUGUCCACGUGGGACUGCGACCCUGAUGUUCUGGAUCUCAUCGGGAGGAACUGCCCCCUCCUUGAGCGAUUGGACUUGCUCGUGCUUAGCCUUCAUCGCCCGAGGAUCAAGGCCGUUGAUGCGAUUGUUAAUGGAUGUCAGGGAUUACGUGAGCUGUCAAUCACGAUGGCAUGUGAUGCGUGUGAUGCGCCCUACCAUCAUGCUGAAGAGAAGUCCCCCGCUUUCGCUAGCUUCCUUCUCUUCCCAAGCUGACUUCUUUGUAUCUUGUGGACACCCUGACUGAUGAUGGUGUGAUUAGCGUAAUUGGAGACAACCUUCCUAAUUUGGAAAGUCUAACGCUGUCAGACGAACCAGAGAUCACGGAUGCAAGCUUGGGUCUCAUUGGCCGAAAAUUCCCGGGCUUGAAAACUCUAGAGGUUAAGUACUGCGACAAUGUGACGACUUUGGGUUUAAACUCUCUGCAGACGGCAAGGCCAGAACUGCGAGUCAUCGGCAAUUGAAUCGACGGCAGAACGACGUCAGAAAGUUAUGCCAGUGAGUUGUGUUAUCUGAGACUCGACUCCAUUUGCAUCUGAUUCACAUGAGUGAGAGACUCAGUCGUGUUUGCACUAACUGCCGUCUUUCCCCGACCACAACGCACCGUCAUUUCGCUGUACCUGCCUGGAAAUAUAGCUUGUAUGCAUUCAUUAUCAGGGUGCGUUAUGUUCGGGGGAACGCAGCCAUCUCUUCUUGACGUAUUCGAGUCGCGUUGCCCUAUUUCCAGCACAGUGACUCUUCUUCUUUUUUUUUUUUUUUUUUUUUUUUUUGUGCUCGAGGAGGUAUUCAACGUCCGUAUGCACGCAUGGCAAGUCCCGGAAGUUUCAAAGAUAGUACUAUGAACAUUCUGCCUGAUAGGUCCAGUCUGGACUGAGUCGUACAUGAGAAUGAAUGAGAUGUGAUGGA